UGUGGGACUCGGUGAAUUUAAGAGCAGCUCCGAUCCCCACGCUCUUCCCCGAGUCCACCGCCACUCGCCAUCCCCUCCCCAAUCCAACGCACACCCUGCUCGAGGAUCAGCCUUGGCUUACUCCCAUGGCGGCAGGCCUGUCCACCGCCGCCGCCCCAAUCCCCAGACCCAUCAAAUUCAUCAGAAGCUCCAGCCUCCUCCUCCCGCAGCCCACCUGCCUCUCUCACUCUUCUCGUUCCUUCGCUCCCUCCCUCUCCAGAAGCUGCGCGGGCUUCCAUGCUCCCAGAGGGAAGACGCUUCUCACGGUGUGCUUCGUCCUCGAGGACCUGAAACGGAGCCCCCAUGUCGAAACCGAAACCGAAACCGAAACCGCCUCGCAAGACGACGGCCCCGACGCCGCCACGCGGCCCGACCAGAUCCUGGCAUCGCGCGCCGCCGAGAGAUUGGCGCGGAAGAGGUCGGAGCGGUUCACCUACCUCGUCGCCGCCGUGAUGUCCAGCUUCGGGAUUACGUCCAUGGCCGUCAUGGCCGUUUAUUACAGAUUCGCGUGGCAAAUGGAGGGCAGAGAGGUGCCUUUGUCUGAGAUGUUCGGUACAUUCGCUCUCUCCGUGGGCGCUGCCGUGGGCAUGGAGUUCUGGGCAAGAUGGGCUCACAGAGCUCUCUGGCAUGCUUCUCUGUGGCACAUGCACGAGUCUCACCAUCGGCCGAGAGACGGGCCGUUCGAGCUCAACGACGUCUUCGCCAUAAUCAACGCCGCUCCGGCGAUCGCUCUUCUCUCCUACGGUUUCUUCCACAGGGGCCUCGUUCCCGGUCUCUGUUUUGGUGCUGGCCUCGGGAUCACAGUGUUCGGGAUGGCGUACAUGUUCGUCCACGAUGGUCUCGUCCACAGGAGAUUCCCCGUGGGCCCCAUCGCCAACGUGCCCUACUUCAGAAGAGUCGCUGCAGCCCACCAGCUCCAUCACUCGGACAAAUUUAGUGGGGUACCAUAUGGCCUGUUUCUCGGACCUAAGGAACUUGAGGAAGUUGGAGGGCUAGAAGAGUUGGAGAAGGAGAUCAGCCGGAGAACCAAAUCGUACAAGGGCUUGUGAUCGUAGUCGCGACCCGUUUCUAGAUUUAGAAUUUUGUCGGUGUAAAAAAGAAUGAGUAUCGCGGUAAUGACAAUACAAAAAAAAAAAAAAAGCAUUCUUGGAACUUCUUUUGCAAUGUACUUUCAUACGAUGAGAUUGAACAGGAUCGAAACUUAUCCGAUCGUCGAAUUU